CGCAUGAUAAAUACGUCAGGCCGGUAGUAAAACGUCACAUCCCUGUGUCAGCCUAUCGACGAACAGAGAAGGGGGAAGAGGCUUGGAACGCAUGGCAGAGACGUCACUGAGACGCAGAAUGGACAUUCUUCUGGUCCAUUAUGGAAUCAGACACAUGGCAGGUGGUCGGCAAGAAAAAGGCCACGAAGAAAUUAUCCCACCUAAAGGAAAAUGUAGCCUGUAACCCUGCUGGUUCUGAGCAGCCUCCAAUCUUGUAUACAGCCAAAGACUGCACUGAUGUAAUGAAGCGAAUGAAUGAUACCAUGGGAGACCUGCGAACAUCAAACUUUUGGAAAUGUUGUCAAGGUUGUCUUCUCAAAUGUCAAGAAAUCUUGCCAGUGUCUUCAGAUGACAGCAGUAUCAAGGAGGAGUUCACAAGGAAGUUGAACCUUGAGGGCUCCAUAUCUACCUGCGUUUCUCUUCAACAUUGUAACUGUGUGUGCUAUGGUCUGGGAAACUUUACAUCUUGUGUUGUAUCCCGAAACCAAAUGGCCCUUUUGCUUUUAUUCAUGGAAACUUUUAAGAUCCCGAGACACCAAUGCUAUGUUUUUGAUCCAAUAUUUUCUCCACUGGAAAUUGCUGUACUUCAGAAACUAGGUCUUACAGUCCUGAUGAAAAAUGAAGAGGGUAAACAUGCUGUCUGUAAACCCACAGUGUUCUAUAUGCUACAUUGUGGCAAGGCGCUGUAUAAUAACUUGCUCUGGAAGAACUGGUCAUGUGAUUCCUUAUCACAAAUGAUCAUUAUUGGUAACAGUUUCAAGGGAAUAGAAGAAAGAUUGCUUUCCAGAAUCCUACAGAGAGAUUACAUGUAUGUAUAUAAGAGUUUACUGAUAGUAGAAGAAACUCCAUUUCCAAAGAGUAACCUCUAUAGCGACGUUUUCAAUGACACAUCCAUUCAUAGCUUCCCUAGUGCAAAACUAAAAUCUUUACCUAAGGAAACAUGGCAGCUUCAAGAUGAACCUCAAUAUCAAGAUUGUGACGACCUGGAAAUCAUUCUCAGUCCCACAAGAUAGCAAUGACUGAUAUGUGAACAGCAUCAAGGACAUAUGUAUGGUUAAUUCUUUCAGUGAAGAGGCCUGUUCAGGAGCGGGGAGAGUUUUCUGCACAGUGACUAGUCACACACUAUAUACACAGGUACUUGUGGUGCAGACUGCAUGAAUUUCUCCAUACAAACCUGAGCAGAUGAGGGGCUACAAUCCCAAGAGAAAAACAUUGCUGCUUCUACACAUUUAUUUUAGUUUUUAAUGUCCAUUACAUCGCCAGGAAUCAUGAUUGUUCUGACAUCACUUUUCAUGUGAACACAGAUUUGUUGUCUGCUUUUACAGUCUAAAAACUAGUAUAAAGUAAAUAUGCAUUUUUUAUUUUAAUCUUAAAGUUUGACCAUACAUUAAACUGACAAUAAAUAACUUUAUUUAGAUGUUGGUAGUUUCACUUUUCUGCAUGUUUUAUGUUUGAUCUGUAACGUUUGUAAACUCAAGCAACACUGACGAUGACCAUCUAACAUCAUUUCUUCCU